GUGCAGCCGUCCAGAUGUGGAUCUAGACGUUUUAAGUUGGGCGUGUGUCAAGGGAGAGGGAGUGGGCGGUGUUGCUGACUUAGCUAUCCGUCGCCCCUAACGGUAAGAUUAUUUUCUGGUUUUCUUGAUUACAAUGGCUGCAUCUGCAGAAACCUUGAAAUGUGAGCAUCAUAAAACAGCAGAAGAUGAUGACUGGACAAUUGUUUUGCGAAAACGCACCAAUCCCAAACGAAAAUUUCCAAAACUUAAACCCUCAAAACAACAACAAGAGCAACAACAAACACAGUGGGCCCCAACAGACAUCGAAACAACUCUAGAAAAAGAACUCCACUUGAUGAACAAGAUGAAAAUCUCAAUUGAAAAACUUGAAAAAUCCCAAUUCUUCAAUGCUUUUCUCGAUCAAAUCCACACCCCCGAAGCAUCUCAACAUUUUCUAAAACUUACACAAUCACAAUCCAAAGUAAAAAUGGUGAUAUAUGGAAUUGGAAGCAUCGAAUCAUUUGAAUCACCUCGAUUGCAACUUAGUCUUGCAAUUUUGAUGAAAAGAAAACUUGAUUGGAUUGGAGAAAUGGAAGUUUUUGAUCCGAUUAUUUCUUUGACCGAGUCAAAGGUCAUGGUGGAGCUCGGUUGUCGUGUUCUUUUGGUCAAUGAACAUGGUAGGAGAGAAGCGGUUGACCCGAUUUUAUUUUUCAUGCCACAUUGUGAAGUUGAGUUAUAUGAUAAUUUACUGAAAACCAAUUGGAGACAUGAUUUGUUAAACAAAAUCAUAUUACUUGGAAACAGUUUUGAGAAAUAUGAGCAUCAUCGAUUGGUGUCUAAGAACCAAGCUUUAGAUGAAUCAAGGAAACAUUUACUUGCAAUACAAGAAUUCACUAAAGAGUUUGAGAUUAAAACUCUCUCAGAUGAUUAUUUUCGAGCCUUUCAUGGUUCGAGUUGGCAUUUUUUUAGUGUUGAUUGUGACACAGAUUUGCAAUUAACAUGUUGAAACUUCUUAUUAUGAUUAAAGAUUGGAUUGUGAGAUUAUGUUUGAACAUUUGGAUGUGAUUGGACAAACUUUCUAGUGUUGUUUUUGAUGAUAAUGAUGAAGAGAGCAUUUUAAAAGAUCUA